UUAACCAUUUACAGAUUAUUAAAAAAAAUAAAUGUUUAAAAAAUUGCACAAUCUCGUACAAAUGCUUAUUCAGAUGUACGCGUAGUAUAAUGUACGACCGAGUCAUUAAUUAAUACUGCACAUACCAUAUACUACGUUAUACAAGCGUUUUACGUUUCACACGAUUGCGCUCUCGCCGACCACCUGCAGUAGACCACAGACCCAUGGCCGGUACAAUCUUUGCUGAGGUCACUGAUAUAAAACUACAAUAAUUUUUAUUUUUAUUUUUUUUCAAUCCUAACACGAGAAAUCGAUACACUAUCACGGUGCACUCGUUAUAUUAUGUUAAUCGCCAGUGUGUCUUCGUAGUUUUGUCGUAUGUACCGGGCGAUAUCGGGUUAUAUUAUAAAUAGGUAAGUACCUAUAUAAACGAUUAUACGAUGUACCGUACACGCGAACCGAUUACUGUGCAAGGCUACUGAUCACACGUACAAAAAAUUUGCCAUUUCCCGUUCACUAUAGCCGCAGCUUGUACUGCAACGAAGCUUCAAGGAGGAGGACCUCUGCGCAGCUCUUGGACAGUGGUUAUUCCGAUCGAAUGCAGCGGCAUGUACAGCAGUACUGUGUGCACGAUGGACACGUUUAGUAGUAUUGCGUUUUAUGGUAUUCUGUUGUUGAGUUACAACGCAGUGCACGGUAUCGACACAGACUCGAUAAAUCAAAAUUUGUCGACCAAGAGCCAAAAUGCAAAUGAAACAUUACUGUCAACUGCCGAACGUUUUCGACGCCUAAUACCUUACGUGACGUAUUACGUGGUCGGUAACAACGACCAAAAUGACUUGCCAUAUCAAUAUCAAUAUCAAAACCCUAAUUCGAAUUCAAACACGCCCAGACCUUCACAGGCAAAUAAGUUUUAUUUUCAAAAUGAAAGAAAACCUCAACAAAAACAACAGCCCGCCACCCAGCACCAACAUAAUUAUCAGAUAUCAAAUCAACAGAUCCAUCAACAACACGCAACGUCUGCAGGAUAUCUGAGAUUUCCUAGCUCUCCAAAAAUUAAAAGGCCUAUUGUAUUAGCAACGACUGAAAUGCCGUACAUCAUCCAUCCGACAGACAACUCGUACAAUUAUUAUUACGAUUACAGUCAAACGAGUCCCAAACCGAUUGUUCGACCUAAUCCAAUUGUUAUUAAGCACGGUGAUCAUGCCGGAUUUUUACCGACGAUACCGCCAAACCCAAAUUCUUUUCCGGAACAACAAGAACAAUUGCAGUUUACGACCAAGACAAAAAAACAGAGAAGGCCAAAACCGAAAAGACCCACAACACCGGUCACUACAACCACGACGACAGACAAAUACGGUGCACUCAACGAGCUGCUGGACGGUUACGAUUUAGGAAAUCGUCUUUCAAACAAAAUCACGGCCGAUAACAUUGGUUCCAGUAUACAGACUUUGUCGGCCGUGUUACAGUUAUUGCAAAACGAGGCAGACGAACAACAGGCGCGACCACUGCGGCCAAAGAAACCUAAGCCGGAAUACCGUCCAGAUCCAAUCGACGAAUAUGAUGAUACUGGCGACGUAGGGAAUCCGGGAAGACCGGGCGUGGAUUAUCCGACGCUCUCAGUUAUACCUAAGACUAGCUUCGAUUGCAAAACUCAAAGAUACAAGGGUUUCUUCGGAGAUCCAGAAACGCUGUGCCAAGUGUGGCAUUACUGUGACUUAAAUGGUGGUCAAGCAUCAUUUUUGUGCCCAAAUGGAACUAUAUUCAAUCAAGUAUCACUGACAUGUGACUGGUGGUUUAAUGUGAAAUGUGAUACUACAGCUCAACUAUAUGUGCUCAAUGAACGCUUAUAUAAAUAUAUAAUACCAUCUAAACCUAGUUUUCCAGAAGAUUACGAAGGACCUCUGGUAGAUAGAUAUUUAGAAGACAAAUUUAAGGAAACCGAAAAAAAUAGAGGCCAACAAAGAGCACCAAUGCCACCAGUAAUUAAUGUCACUACUGCUGAACCAGAAUCAGUUAGAACACCAUAUCAACAAUUAAUAGAUGUAGAUGUAUAGAUUUCAAUACAUACUUCUUUGGUCUAUAUUUAUGAUUUGCAAAGUGAUUUUUAUAUAAAAAUAAUAAUAGGUAGGUGUAAAUAUAAAAAUAUAUUUUUUAAAAAACCAAAUAGAAAAAAAUUAUAAAACUGACCUAGUUUUCAAAACUAGUGGGCCUGAAAAUGUGCCAUUUUUAAUAUAAAUCUACCACUAUAUUUUAUUUAUUGAUAAUUAGUAUGAUACUAUGUUUUAAAGAGCUCAAAUUAAAAAUAAUUAGGUGGUAAAAAUAUUUUAUUUUAUUAUUUGAUAUAUUUUCAACUCCAAUUUUUUAAUAAUUUUACCACAAACAAUACAAUGAAGCAAAGAUUACGCCUAAAAUUGUGAAGCUUAGAUAUCGUUCUAUUCUUAACAUUUUUCAACCGUAAAAACAAUUUUAUAAUUUUAUUUUUGUAAAGAAAUUAAUAAUUUCUUGAAGAUUUUUAUAUACAUAAAUCAAAUGGCAAAUAAUAAUAAUAAAAAUUUAAAUUUAAACAAUGGUUAGCAAGAGUAAGCAAUUUGUAUAUAUUUUCUGACUACCUAAAUUUAUACCUGUUCAAAUUUCAAAUAAUGAGAAUAGCUUAUAUAUCAAGUACCUAUUUGAUUAUUGUGGAGUAAAAUAUUUAGAAAAUUAUCUUUUAAUUAGAUAUAUAAAAUUUAACUACAAUAUAGUAGUAAGCAUUUCAGGAAAAUUAGUGUUUAAGAAAGACAAAUAUAUACUUCUAAAGUUUCAAUACUAAAACCAAUUUAAACCUAUUUUCAGAUGUAGGUAAUCUUUGUUUCAUAGUUGGUUUAUUAUGUAAACAAGAAAUAUCAAAAUUUCAAUACAAUUUUUUUUAAUUAUUUAGAGAUGAGAUCAUAUUUCCAAUCA